AUGAGCCCGGACGUCUCCGCCAGCUCGAAUGCUUUCGGCAGUGAGUUCAGCGCGGUCAACUGCAGCUCAUCGACAGUGGCGCAAUCCGUCACGGAGGCUCCUCCUGCCCUCCCGUGUACCAGCCCCCAGCUGUCACCACGUCCACAUCCUCCGACUGCCCGCCUGCACGUGCCCCCCACCUUCAUCUGCCCCCUCUCCCGCCGCAUCAUGCGCGACCCCGUCACCCCGGUACCCUGGCUCCUCCCACUACCCCUUACACACCUGCCGCAAGCGGUUGACCGCAGCAAGGGGCAGCAGGCUGGCACUGCUGCUGCUGCAACCGCUGCUGCUGCAGCCAAAACGCUUACCACUACAACCGCGGCCGCCGUUGCUGAGGCUCUGCACUUGCCUAAGAGUGUGAGCAGGUGGUAUGAUCGGGAGGCGAUCUGCCGCUGGCUGGCAUCCCAGUCCCAGUCCCAGUCCCAGUCCCAGCCGCAGCCGCAGGUCCAGCUGGUGGCUAACGUGUCCCUGCAUCAGGCCAUUGAGUCAUGGCUGCAGCGGUGCGGACUGGACCACUGCACCGCGGAUGAGCUGCUGCAGCUGGACAGCGGCCAGGGGCAUGAGGCAGCGGUGGAGGAGGACGAGCGGGAGGAGCGGGAGGGGGAGCGAAGGCCAGGGGAGAGGAAGAAGGAGCAAGGACAGAGAGAGGCAGCGGCGGCUGAGGCGUCGUUGACGCUCCGGCAAGAAGAAGUUGUCGAUAAAGGAAGUAUGGUCCUAGAGAAGGUGGAGUCAAUCGCAGGUAUUGCACCGUCCAUUGCGCGCGCUGCUGUGAUUGAAGUUGCGGCGCCUGUGGUGACGACAGCGGCGGCGACGGCGACGGCAGGGACUACAACGCCGCCCCCGCCGAUGACGACGACGCAGCAGCAGCUGCAGCUGCCGCCGAACCACUCGGGCCGACUGCUCACUUCGGCCGACGCAGCGCACAGCUUGCGAGGGGCAGCUGCAGCAAAGGCAGUGGCAAGGGAAGCAGCAGCAGCAGCAGGAUGGGCAGCUCUGAGCGGAACCCAGGGACCGUAUGUUGCCAUGUCGCACCAGCGCCAGCAACAACAACAAGAGCCUCAGCACCGGCAGCAACAGCAACAGUCUCAGCACCGGCAGCAGCGGCUGCUCCGACAGGAUGAGCAGCGGGAGGUCGGCCGCCGGCACCGACAGCGCCCCGACUGCCGUCAGUACCGCACCCGCUGCGGUUAUUGCUCCAACAAUGCGGUAGGAGAAGGAAACGUUCAUACGAGCAGCAACAGCACCGCCGCCGCUGGCGGCCGCCGUGGAUCGGAUAAGGCAUGGAAAGGACACCAGAACGAGGAAGGGGAGCAGAGCGAGAAGGGGACUACGAGGUCGCGGCUGUGGUCGGGGCUGUUGGCUGGGGCGCUCAGCGCCCUCCGCCUGCCCGCCCAGCUUCUCGGGUUUUGGAGCGGCGGCAGCGGAGGCAGCAGCCCGCUGAUGCCGCCAUGGAGCGACCCGGCGGCCAUGUGGCUCGCCAGCGCCGUGGGGGGAGAUGCCAGCAGCGGCAGCAAGGCGGCUGUGGCUUGCGUCGGUCGCAUUGGCAGCGGCAGCGGGAGGCGCGGCGGCGCAGCCGCCGCCGCUGCCUCCGCCUCCGCCGACAACAGCAAUGAUAACAGUGGGAUUGACGUCGACAAUGUGCGCGGAGGAGAGGGCAUUGGACGGCAUCCUGGUCCGCUCACGUGUUCGCGUCACCAGGAGGACCUUGGCGGCGGUCGACAUGACAGCGACGGUGGUGACGAUGGGGAAUCGGAGCUGUCGUUGCCGCUGUCGCGGCAGCGCCGGCCGCCGCCAGGGCCGUCGGAGCUGCCGCUGGAGCUGCCGCUGCCGCUGCAGUGGCUGACGGCUAACCAGUUGGCGGAUUGCGGACUGAGCCCGCGAGAUGAGGUGCAGGCGGCGCGGCGGUGCAGGGAGCGGCUGUGGCGGUGGCUGCGGGAACUGCCGCCGCCGGCGUGUCAGGAUCUGCUCACCUUGCUGCGGUGCACCCCGCCACCUCCGGUACCUGCGCGCCGGAACACAAGGGCGGCUGUUCGGUUGCGGCUCUUCCCCGCGGGCUCCCACCUACCGCACCGCAUUGCUGCGCUGGCGCUGCUACCGCCGCCCGCUGCGCCGCCGUCACCUCUGCCGUACAAUUUUGCUGCGGAUUACGAAAGCGGCAGUAGCAGCUGUUGUUGGAUGGUGCCUGCAGUUCACGGCCUCGUGACUGUGGUGGCCGCAUGUCCCCGCGGGGGUUCAUUAGCGGUGGGAACCACGGCCGGCCUGGUGUUUGUCUGGCGGUGCUUUAGUGGGGAGGAGCUUCAAGCGGUGGGGGACGUGCGGGAAAUGGAGGAGGCGAGGAAGCCGACGAAGCUGCUGCAGCAGCAGCAGCAGGAGGAAGAGGUCCCGGCUGAGGGGAAAUCUGCAUCGCGACGCUCGGCGGCAGCGGGGAGCACCGGUAGCGGCGACGGCGGCGGCGCUGCCGCUGUUGGUCAGAGGAGGAUCAGCUCCGUCGAAGCGCCGGUGGUGUCGGCGUCUUCUGCAUUGGAGUGGCAUCUGUGCGCGCGGCUGGGGUGGCGUGAGGACGUGUUGCGAUCCGGCGGGACGGCUGGGGAGGCGACGGCGGCGGCGGUGGCGGCGGCGGCGACGGCAGGGGAGCCUGUGGGAGGAGGAUCCCGGAGUUCAACCUUACACGGCGGCGGCGAGCAGACCGGCAAAGGUGGCGUCGGCGGCUGUGACCGCAGCGUCACGGCGGUGGCGUACGAUGGUACGGGUGCUGCGCUGUUCGCAGCAUGCCGUGGCGUGGUGGCGGGCUGGAAGCUACGGCACUUUGAGCAGCCUGAACGUCUUCCCUUCGUGGUCACCGCCGCCUUUCUGGUGCUGACGCCGGAGGACUACGGCUGCCGCUUCGGGGCUCUACAGAAGACCGCGGGAGCGGUGGCGCCGCCACGGGGCACGGAUACCUCUAUGACGGCGGCCGGCAUCGCCGCGACUAUUGCCGCCGCGGCUGUCGGGUCAGAUCCAUGCGCUCCUUUGCUGUCGUACAACAAGUCCACGCUGCCAGCACUGCCGUACCAGCAGCAGCACCAUCACGGCCAUCACCCGACGGUGUGCUGUCUGGCUGCCUCGCCUAGCGGAGCUCACCUGGCAUUUGCGCUGUACGACGGUGCCGUACACCUGGCGCUGCAUGCGGAUUCCCCUUGUCGUAUUGCAUGUGUACGGCUGCUGCCGCCGGGUCCGCAGCCGGCGCUGGCGGCGGCGGGGCAGCCGCUGCCCGGUUUGGCGGCUCAGGUGGCCUUCAGUCCCGACGAGCGGCGACUGCUGGCGUUGACGCUGGGGCAGGGUCCUACGAAUGCGUGGCGGCAGCGGAGCUACGGAGCAGCUGCCGCCGUUGCCGCCGCCGCCACCGCGACGGCGCCGUCACGGGGUAGCGGUCGUGGAGAGGUUGCGGAGGAGGAAUCUCGGGCCGUCCGGUAUUCCCUACACUGCUUUCCGUUGACGGGAGAACUGUCCGAGCCGGAGACGGAUGAAGGCGAUGGGGACGUGGAGCUUCCGUUGGAGGAUACGGCAGCAGCGGCGGCAGCAAUAGGAGCUGCACGCGCUGCGGCGACGACACAGCUCGACGGGUGCGGUAGGGGUGCCGUCCACGCCCCCGCCGGCUCGCGUGGGGGAUUCCAAGUAAGGUGCGUGUAUGCGGAUUUGGACACGGACGAUGACCCAUGGGUCAGUGACCGCGGGGAGGAGGAGGAGCCCGAGGGGGAAUGGAGCGGAGAUGAGGACGACGACGACGGCGAGGUUAACGUUACUGAAGCUCGGGAUGACAGCGAUGACGAUGUGGAUGCUAACGACGAGGGUAAUUUCGGCAGUGGUGAAGCUAUGGUCGAGCAUGUGGCGAAGGACUUUGGUUUCGCGGCACGAGCAGCGCCGCGCAGGCGAGGACGCGUUGAGGGGAGCGCCGCCGCGGCGGUGGCGAGAGCGACGGUAACUUCGGCAGCGGCGUCGCCACGGCAGGGUGCAGUCGGGGUGGAUACAUCGAGGCUCCGGGUUAUCUCAGCGGCGGCGGCGGCGGCGGUCGUGGUGGUUACGGAGGAGGCGACGGACACGGAGGCUUGGGCCGGCGGCGGCGGGAGCGCAGCAGGCGGUGCGAUCGACGAGGUGGCCGUGGUGCUCCAGUGGCAGCUGGCAGUGGAGGUGGCGGCGGUGGUGGAGGUGGCGGCGGUGGUGGCGGUGGUGGAGGUGGCGGUAGAUGUUACGGGGAGGUGGUUCUCGGUGGUCUGCGGGUGGCGCCUCAAUGCAGCGGCUGUGGGCCCAGGCUAA